CAACCCAGAAUGGCUGUGAAAUUGUCUUUUAUUACAGACAGACACUGAGACUCCUCAGUGAUCUUUCUUCUCUCCUGAUUUCUAAAAACAUGAAGAUUGAUUUGGGCAGUAAUUUACAUGAAUUGGUCGUUUUACCAUUAGUGAACAGCUGAUGAGCGAUGAUGAUGAACCGAUACUGAAUAAACAUCUGGAGUCUAAAGGAGCAUGGAUUUCAUUUUGAGUCUGGUUCCUCUUAAAACCCCACCUCAUGACACCUCAGGAAGUUUUUCCCGUUCUUGAGAUAGAGACAAAUCAGGGGGCAGUAGUGUUCUUAAUACUGGCGGUUCACAAUGAUCUUGCAGACGAACCGUAUUCUUCUCGUGAACCUCGUAUCCAACCUCUGCUUUGGGUGCAUAGGAUUGACAGUGUGCAUCUCGACCAGUUUGGGGCGCAAUGCUGCGGUCUUGCUCGGAUCUGGUCCAACAGCAGUGCUGGGUGAAAGAGGAGUGUGGAGAUGAUGAUGUCUUCACUCAGAGUACAGUUAAAACCGAGGAACAUGAAACCAGCAUAAACACAUCAAACCAAGGUAUCACCGUGCAGCUGAAAGAGGAACAUGAAGACCAGAAGGUGUUUGAGAACACGGCAGAGAACGCACAGUGUAAUGAAAGAAGCCCGAAUCGAGGCUUUCAUGCGCUCCUGGUUUUGACAAGCGACAAAAACAAAGAGAAGACCAAAGACGGUCAUUUGCACCACCGCUGCUCUCACUGUGAGAAGACGUUUGCCAAGAUGCAGCUUUUAAAAACCCACCUGAGGGUCCAUACCGGAGAGAAGCCUUACAGCUGCUUGCACUGCGGGAGAAGGUUUUCUCACCUGGCCUCUUUAACUGGUCACCAGAGAACCCACACGGGAGAGAAGCCGUAUCAGUGCUUUCAGUGCGGGAAGAACUUCGCUCUGUCCGGCUCGUUAAAGCUGCACGAGAGAAUCCAUACCGGAGAAAAACCAUACCGGUGCCUUCAAUGCGGCAAGAGCUUCUCCAGGCAUGCCUUUCUAAAAAAGCAUCAGCGCAUGCAUUCCGGAGAGAAGCCUUUCGCUUGCCUCGAGUGCGGAAAACGGUUUUCCCAUCCGAGCUCCCUGAAAGAUCACGAAGGCUCCCACACGGGAAUCAAGGCCUACAACUGUUCGGAAUGCGGCAGGCAGUUUUCCCACCCGAGUUCUCUAAAAGUGCACGAGAGGAUACACAGCGGGGAGAAACCUUACCACUGUACGCAGUGCGGGAAGAACUUUUCCCAUCUCGCGUCGCUGAAAAUUCACGUCCGGGUCCACACCGGAGAGAGACCUUACCAGUGCUCCCAGUGCGGGAAGGGUUUCUCUCAUGCGGGCUUGCUGAAGGGGCACGAGAGGAUCCACACCGGGGAGAAACCGUACCACUGCACACAGUGCACGAAGAGUUUCACGCAGUCAAGCGCGUUAAAGGUUCACCAGAGGAUUCACACCGGAGAGAAACCGUACCGGUGUCCUGACUGCGCCAAGUGCUUUUCUCAUCCAGGGUCUUUAAAGAUCCACCAAAGAAAGCAUACUGGGGAGAAGCCGUAUCAGUGCGAGCAGUGCGGCAAAAGCUUUUACAGAUCCUGGUACUUAAAAGUGCACCAGAGGAUACACGCUGAGGAGAAGAAAAUGAGUUCCAGCUAAAUUUGUACGUUUACGGCAUUUCUCAGACGCCCUUAUCCAGAACGACUCAUCUCAUUCAUACAGCUGAGAAACGAUGGGGUUUAGGAAGCUCCUUGCUCAGGAGCCCAAGACUACCAGCUUAGUGUGGCUGGGAUUUGAACUCACAACCUUCAGAGCCAAAGUCCAAUGACUUAAACACUAAGCUUCCAGCUCCACCACAAGAGACGUUCGUUCCUCCGUCCGUCAGUCCGUUCAUUUGUUGUGAAAGGGUUCACAAACCUUUAAAAUCGUAUGGACUUUAUGUGAGCAGCUUAUACACAUUUUAAGUGUUUUAAAAAUUAGUAAAAUCUGUCAUCAGUACCAAAUCUGGAGGUAUUCACCCCCCCAACAUCAUAUUCAUCAUUUUGAAAGAACUAUUAGGAUUUUCACACACGCCCAAAUAUUAAUCCAAACUGUUCCCACAAAGAUCAGUGUAGAAAUGUUCCUCUUCACAUGAACUUGGAGACUCCAACCUGUUCCAGCAUGACAAUGUUGGAGUGGAAGAUCUCCUGCUAUAGAGCUCUAAAAAUUGACUGCACCCCAGACAUCAUCACCUCACCUACACG